CGCAGUACCGGUAGUUGUUCUAGCUGUGACGUUUGGAGUGGGAAAUGAAACUAAACUUUGCUGCUGAGCUGCAAGGGGAGAGAGGGUGAAGUGAAAUUUAAAGUCAGUCGUGCACUAACCUGCAGGUACGGCAAGCACAACAUAGGUUUAUGAUCUGUAUUUUUUACAAUGUCUCAAAUGAAUUAUGUGGGAAGACUGAAUGAAUAUCGACAAAAACAUAAUUUAUCCCUGCAAUAUGUGGAGGUUUCCGCAGAAGGGCCAGACCAUGUUAGACAAUUCACAAUGAAAGUGGUGCUGGACAGUCAGGCUUAUCCUGAUGGCGUUGGAAUGUCUAAGAGGGAGGCGAAGCAAAAUGCCGCAAAAAAUGCUUUGGAAAAGCUAUGGGUCGAAGUUUCUCAGCAGAAUGACCCUGUCAACAGCAGCAGGGAAUCCAGUUGUCCUUCACCUGUGUCUACUCAGGGAAUUAACCAUUUGUGCUGGCUGAAUGAAUAUGGUCAGAAGAAAGGGGUACUUGUACAGCCCUUUGAGAGGAGCGAUGGAGGCCCACCACACAUGCCACAGUUCUCCUGCAGAUUCGCCAUAGGCAACAGGAAUUUCCCAGAAGCAUUUGGGAAAAAUAAGAAGGAUGCGAAGAAAGAGGCUGCCAAGCUUGCAUACGAAGCUCUGCAAGAAAAGAGUACACCUGAGAACCUUAAUGGAAAUCAUAAUAAGGACACCCCCAGUUCAAGCAGAAAUUUGCCCUCAAUGUUGUCAUCUACAUGGUUGACACCUCCAUCUAGUAGCCCAGAGAGCACCCCAGAGAGCAGGCCAUCUACCAGUUCAACAUCAUCAAGCACUGGCACGUCAUCACCUUCUGCACACAUGGGUAGCAGUAUCCUUACAACUCCUGAACGUUUGAAUAGGGAUGAUGAAAGUGAUUAUAUUAUCUUCAGAGACUCCUCUGAUAAAAAGGUACAGUCACCUGGAGAAAGAAAACCAAAAUUUAAAUUAGCUGCGGUUUUUAGAAAUGAAAGCCCUGAAGCAGAGAAAAAUAAACAGAGUACUGCACCCGGGUUAAACAAAGACAAACCAUCCUGUAAAGAUCAUGCUGAAUCUACACAAUCAUCAAGAUUUUUACAGGAUUUUGACCUGAUCGAAACAAUUGAUAAGGGUGGCUUUGGCAGUGUUUUUAAGGCAAGACGAAAACUUGAAGGAAAACAUUAUGCUGUGAAGAUAGUAAAGCACACCCCCAAAGCAGAGCGUGAAGUUGGGGCCCUGGCAGGGCUUCAGCAUCAAUACAUUGUUCGCUACUUCUCCUCCUGGCUUGAAGACACAAUGUACCAAGCAGAAAAAACGGACAGCUCGAGCAGCUCCAGCUCUGGUCCUGGUACCCCAAAGGAGUUUCUCUACAUUCAGAUGGAGCUCUGUGAAGGGGGGACACUGAGAUCCUGGAUUGAUCAAGAACAGGACGGAAGACCAAAGGAUAAAGAAAAGACUAUGUCUAUUUUUCGGCAGAUAGUAGAAGGAGUGAAGUACAUUCAUUCAAAACAACUUAUUCACCGAGACCUGAAGCCACCAAACAUCUUAUUCAGCCAUGAACGAACAGUGAAGAUUGGAGAUUUUGGACUGGCAACAUCUGCGAUAAAUGAAAGUGACAGCAACUCAAUUCAGAGGACUAAACGAACAGGAACAGUCACUUACAUGAGUCCAGAACAGGAGACCCAGAACCAAUAUGGGGAAAAGGUGGAUAUUUUUCCAUUAGGAUUGAUUUUCUUUGAGCUCCUUUGGAGAUUCAAAACAAAGACUGAAAGGCAAAAAACAUGGCACAGCAUACGAAACAGAGAGUUCCCUUCAGAGUUUUGUAAGCAGCACCACAAUGAGCAUAAAUUAAUUGAGCAGAUGCUUUCUCAAGAGCCGGAAGAAAGACCAGAGGCCUCAAAGAUCGCCAAAAAUUUGAAAGUGCUGUUGAAAAGCGCAAGUGAACUUCAAGACUCAAAAACUAUAUAAAGGUUCAGACAACAAAUGUCUUAAUCAAAAAUGUGUACAUGAUUGUGUUUUAAAUGAUGUAAACAGGGUUGCCAACCAACGAAACAAACUGUUUUUGCACUUAAUAUACAGUAUAAUCACGUGGGGCGGUACAGUGGAGCAUUGGGACCCAGGGCUGAAUUCCUUGGGUGUUAUCUAAAUGGAGUUUGUAUGUUUUCCCAGUGUGGGUUUCCUCUGGAUGCUCCGAUAUCCUCCCACAGUCCAAAAGCCUACUGGUAGUUUAAUUGGUUCCUGGGAAAAUUGGCCCUGGUGUGAGUGUGUCCAGCCAUGGACUGACUUCCCAUUCCGCAUGUAGUGAAUGGCUUUUGCCUGUUGCUUGUCCACAUUCCCUGUAACUCUGCAUUGGCAUAAAGGAAUUUGAAAAUGAAUGAAUGAAUGAAAGGCUAAAAAAACAAGACCAGAAAGCUGAUGGUGUUGUGAAUUUAAUCCAUCAGUAUAGAAUCAUGUUCCUCUUUUGGAUACUGUUUUUUAAAUCUGUCUAAAGGUAAUCUAUCGAAAGAGAAAAAUAAUUUAAUGUGCCAAGCAUGCACAUUGAGCCUUAAGUGGGUUCUCAUAGGUAUUGUAUGUAUUCAUUCAAAUUGUGAUGUUACUAAUUUGAGUGUCAUACCAUUCUUUGUCUCUGUAAUGUACUGUACUUGACCAGUAUGACGAAUAAUCAUUAAAUGUUCAAUAUUAACACUAACCACUCUGUUAUAUGGCAAUUGCACCUUCUGCAAAGGUCACUUUAAGAGUGAGGUUACUGGGAAAACAUCUGGUAGUUUUUAAUACUCUGAACUGAUAAAGAAAGCUGGAAAAAUUAUAGUACAGAUCAUUAAGCAUUAUUUACCAAGGUGCUCGUUAAUCAAGCAAUCAUUUUAUCUGUCAUUGCCAUUAGUCUGUGAUAUACGUUUUCUGGUCACUCAAUGCAGUAAUACAAGAUUCCUCUCAAUGUCUAAAUCUGUGUCAAUGAAACAUUACAUGGGAUUUAAAGAAAGUAAUCAGUGAACCUUGACUGUGGUAUUCUUAUGAUAUGUUGUGCUGCUAACUGUAAACUGUAAACAUGUUUUUAAAAUACUAUUUUAUAUUUUGCCCUUUAUGAAUAAUGGUUUUGUUUUUUGGUGUCUCUAAAGUGUAAGAAUGAAGUUUGCUUUGUAAAUUAUAAGAAUUUGGCCUUAAGUAUUCCAUGUUGGAACAUAUAAAUUUUAAUUUUAUUACUGUCAACCAUCUCAUGAAUAUCAUUUUGGCCUUUUGGUUAGGAAUUUGCUAAUGUAACCAUAGAAAUAUAUUUUUUAUCUAAUAAACAGACAUGUUGUCUACGCAUAGAGCCACCAGCUAGACUAGAUUACCAUUUAUUUUAAUUAUUUUUAUUUAAGCCAAUGGAGGAAACAACUAUUAAAUAAGGCAGAUCUCAGAAGUAUCAUUUUUUACUUUUUUUUGUGGCCUGGUAGGCAGUCAGUUAUCGGCGUGGCAAACACUAAGAGAGGUGACUAUAAGAAUAGGAUGCUUGGUUUAUAAUAAUACUUAAAUUUAAAAAGAAAUAAUGCUUACAUUUCCACUCAAAGCACUUUACAGGUAAUGGGGACUCCCCUCCA